GUGGAAACAUCUCUGCCUGACACUCCAGCAAAAAUCCAGCAGGCAUUUUAAAUCCUUUCAGGGACACCAUGCUUCCAGCAUAAUGUCAGCUGAAGUUGCAAUACAGAAGUUCUCCUUCCCCUUCUCCUGUGCUGCACGCCUUUCUCAGCAAGAUGAGGUGACCCAAAAGGGAUGUGUGCAGGUGAAGGCCCUGGAGUUUCAAGACCUCCAGGAGAAUCAAAUCUUAAGUGAACCUAACCCUGAUCCAGUUAUAGAACCUAUAGUGCAUAAAGAAAACCAGGCCCAGGAAAGUCCGAUGCCUUCUCCCGGGGGAGACAUGGCAGCUGCCCAGGUCCUGGUCUGUGCUGAGGCGUCCCAGAGUGCCGUGCUCUCCAGGCGAAGUGUGUUUGAGAAACUGACGGUGGAGAGCGAAGAUCAACGCCCUGCGGCGAAGAGACAACUGUCGUCCGAGAGCGCGGCCAGGACCAUCACUGCGGUGAAGAAGAGUGCAGUGAGGAAGGAGACGGAAGAACAGAGGUACUUGAAACCAAAAGCACGCCUGGGACAAAAGGUGACACCAUGUGCUGCAGGAACAGGGAAGAGGAAGCGUCGAAAGGACCUUUUCACCGCCUCUGAGGUCUUCCAUAGGGUUGAUGCACAUGUUAUCAGAGCAGGAGCAGAGCUGAAGGAAAAGUGUGUAUAUGAUGUGAAGAUGAUAGUAAAGAGCAUCACACGAGGGGCCAGAAAUGAGCUGGAGAGGCUUCGUGCCAUCUGGGUCUGGCUGUGCCACAACAUCGAGUACGACGUGAACGGCUACCUUGGCCGCACGGAGAAGUUGAGCUCCCCAGAGGAGGUGAUAGCGGCCGGUCGGGGUGUGUGCUGCGGCUACUCCAACCUCUGUACAGAGAUGUGCAGAGAAGUAGGCAUCGGGUGCCAAGAAGUGCCAGGCCACAGUAAGGGCAUCGGGUACCGUCCGGGCCAGAGCCUCAGGAAUGUGAAAUCCGAUCACCUGUGGAACGCUGUGCUUCUAGGAGGACAGUGGUUCCUCUUGGACGCCUGUUGGGGAGCAGGACGUGUAGAUAUCGAACAUGAAAGCUUCGUCAAAAGGUUCGAUGAUUUCUAUUUCCUAACGGACCCAGAGGAGUUCAUUGAUUCGCACUUCCCCGAUGAAGAGAAGUGGCAGCUCCUGGACACACCCAUACCCCUAGAGGAGUUUGAAAGGAGGGUCUUCAAGACCUCAGCCUUCUUCACCAUGGGGCUCAGGCUGAUUCAGCCUCAUCACUUUCACAUCGUCACAGAUGGAGGCGAGGCAAACGUGUCCCUCGGCUUCUCCAGACCUGCCACUUUUACCUAUGAGAUCACACAGCACCAGGACCUCCUCCACUGUGGAGCUUCAGAGCAGAAAGAAUCCAGUAGCUCUUCCUUCGGCCUCCUAACGGUCUCCCAUCGUAGCAUGAAGCUGCAGCUCCUGCCUCCUGCAAGCGGCACAUAUGACGUGAAGGUGUUUGCUAGACCUGAAGCAGCCAUCACACCUCUGAUUUGGGUCUGCUCCUUCACAGUCGAGUGUCAGACGCCCCGGGCCAUGGAGGAGAUCCCAGAAAACCCCUUUUUGUCUUGGGGCCUGCAGCCUGUUGCAGGAUCUCUGGGCAUUGCAGGCAGCAGCCUGGGUAGUGAGGUUACUGAAGUGGAAGAAGGCGUCUUUGAGCUAGCGUUGAAGACGUCCAGGCCUCUGAUGGUCCUGUGUGAACUGGUCCACCCGGAGCUGGACGCUGCUGUAGCCAAGCGCUGCCUGGCUACUCAGAUUCAACCUGAUGUUCUGACCUGCCACAUCCUGUGCCCCUUGCGUGGCUUCUACCGCCUGUCAGUGUUUGUGCGGGACUAUGAGAAAACAGAAGUCAAGGUCCAGAAUGCUGCAAACUUCCUGUUGCACUGCAAAGGGAAGGUAGUCGGACUGGAUGAGCUCUUCCCUCCUAACUUAGGCUCGGUGUGCGGUCCGGGGACCCGAACAUCAGAGGCGGGGCUGUCCAAAUUCAGCCAUACAAUGGCGUUGGUGAGCACGCAGCACGGCAAGUGCAACAUCACCUUCCACAACCAGCGGGACCUUGAGCUUCACACUGUGCUCGGCAGAGAAGAGAACAACACAGCCGCCUUUCCGCUUUCACGCCACCUCUUCUGCACAUACACAGAUAGCAAGGUGACGGUGAGUGUCAGCCUACCUGAUGCUGGGGUGUAUCGGCUGGGCCUGUAUGCCAGGAUCGCCCCCGGUGGAGAUUUCAACCCCAUGUGUGACUUUGUUCUGAGGAACAGCUGCGAUCAGCCGGGGCCUCCGUUCCCCUGCGUCUACUCAGCCUGGAGGAAGGGCUGUGUGCUUUUUGAGCCUCGUGUGGGCCUGCUGGAGCCCCUCACCUGGGUCCGCUUCAGGGUGAGGAUCCCCGCGGCCCAGAGGGUGAGCGUGGUGGGAGAGGCGCGAACUGAUCUGAAACUGAACAAGAGCAGAGUCUGGGAGGGGGAGGUUUUCAGUGGAAACGGUCUCCGACAAUUGAAAUUGGCCGCCUCCUCGGGGGAGUCCAGUGACAUGGCUGUUUUGAUGACUUUUGACAUCAAGCAGUUGGAGAGAGAAGUGUGAAAUCAAAAGGCUGGCGGAGACCAGAUGGAUAGUUCUCUGAAUAUCGCUGUUCACUGCCUAAUGAAGUUAGUGAUAUGGACUAAUGCGAAUCAGACUGGGGUUGAAAAUAUUUGCAAAUAAUCCAAACUGUGAGCCAUUAUCUUUCAGGUGUAACUGCAUCAACAUAUUACAGAGGGAGCCAGGUUACUGCCAGUCGUAACAAAGGUGUAUGAAAAUUAUUUUUGAUCCUGUGAAUGUGUGAAACUGUAGCAAUGAAGUGAUACAAAUGCAAUACCAAGCGUACCUGGCAUUUUUUGGGGAGCUUCUGAAAGCUAUUAUUUGAACCAGGUAGUAUUCAGUAUUAAAAAACCUUUCAAGAUUUAAAACGGUGCUCAGCUGUGGUGCUAAGCCAUGAUAUCAUACUGAUCAAGAGUGCAUUUGUUGCUUAUUAUUAUGUUAUGUGCGAGUAAAUUUGCAUUAGGAAAUGAUGGUUGUCAAAAGGCGUGCAAU